UUGUCAACAGGUCAAGAAGAUUAUGACAGACUUAGACCCCUGAGUUAUCCACAAACAGACGUAUUUCUAGUCUGUUUCUCCGUCGUAUCACCUUCGUCUUUUGAAAAUGUGAAGGAAAAGUGGGUACCAGAGAUAACUCACCAUUGUCAGAAAACUCCGUUUUUACUCGUUGGAACGCAAAUUGAUUUGCGGGAUGAUGCUGCGACGAUUGAAAAAUUAGCUAAAAAUAAACAGAAGCCAAUAACAGGUGAACAGGGAGAGAAACUUGCUAGGGAACUCAAAGCAGUCAAAUAUGUAGAAUGCAGUGCUUUAACACAGAAAGGGUUGAAGAAUGUAUUCGACGAAGCAAUAUUGGCAGCACUGGAGCCACCAGAAGUCGUCAGAAGAAGGAAGUGUGUCGUCUUGUAGGGUGUUUACUUAGACUGCUGUUGAACUCCCAUAAAUAAACAUACAAAAAAUGCAUUAAAAAACACAAUUGGCUCGUGCAUACCUGCCAAAAAACACUGUAAGUCUCAAUAAUGCAUUGCACAUUACGAAUUGAUUAAGCAGUUGAAGAAAACAAACACAUGAUGGAAAAAAGACAUUGAUAUGUAUGAAGUAUGCGAUGCCCAGAUCAUCAUAGUUAUGUAUAAAUACAAUUUUUCGACAUUUCCUUGAAAAACUCAAAUUUAUUCAGUUUCUUAUGAUCAUAAAAAGUUUCUCUUCAUCCUUCCUGGCCUCCGUGAAUCUUUAGAAAGUCACGUGAAUUUAAAAGAUUGUGCCAUAUCUACCUCAACGUGCACGUAUGGGCUGGGAAAAAUUCGGAAUUAUCAUUCAAAUUUUUCAUUUCAAAGUUUGAUUUUGCUCCUCACAAAGAGAUAAAUCCAUAAAAAUCGUGUCAUUUGGUCAAGAGGCAUCAAAGAUUUGGCAAAGUUUUUAUUCCAUUUGUUUUACUCCUCAUCGCCUUUUAUGUCAUUCAAUCGUAACAAUAACGUCAAUUCCAAAUCAUGUUCUACCGUUGUAUGGGUAAUAAAAAUGAAAUUCAUGGAAGAAUGAAGAAAAGGAUAGUUUUUUCUAAAUUGAGGAAUUAAUUUGCGCGAUUGAGUUGUUUUCUCAUUUAACACGUGGAAUAGAAACUUGACAUGAAACGUUUUUUUAUAAGGCGAUAACGUAAUUUGAAUCACACGCAUUGUCGAUUAUUACUGAAAUCCUUAUUACGGAUUGCAUAAAACGAGGGAAUGUAUAAAAAACAUGCAGAAAAAAAAUUAGAUUAGAGACAAGAAAAAAGCGGAUUGAAAAACAAAAACAUACUAUUUCUGGGAGUAAUUUUCCAAUCACUUCGAUAUAUUUAAUAAAUAAAUAAGGCAUUUUUAAUCAUAAGUUGCUAAUGUGAAUUUUUUAAUAAAUUGGUCUUCGAAAAAUU